UGCAGCAUUUGUUACUUAAUACUGUUAUGCAGUAAAACAAAGCUAACUGGCAGAGCAAAACAUUUUCAGAUUUCUGCAUGUGAAUACUACUACACGUUAAAGCGUCCUUGUUGCUGCAAACCUAAACCAAACAAGGUAAAAGAGGAGAGUUUUCCAAGAGGAGAGAAGGAAAUAUGUUUGAUACUCUUGGACUCAUUUGUAUGAUUUUGUGGUAUAUGAUGCUAUUUCAUCCCUUGCAUGCUGAUAUCCAGUGUAUGGAGUCAGAUGCACAGGAAUCACCUAUUACAAAUGUGAAUGUGGACUGGAGAAAAAUUGAACUGUCCUGGGAGACCAGCAGGAAUUUCUCUGAGUACAAAUGUAUCAUCAUGGACAGAGACAUGGAAUAUAUGGACACAGAGGUGGAUAGUCCACUAUGCAGCUUUCCAGUGGAGCUACACAUGCCUAUGCACAAAGGGGUAACCUUUAUCAUUGAAGUGCCAAACACAAACAUCUCAAAACAAUGCAGCUUUCUUCCUGGAGGCAUGAAGGGGUCAGCCAUUGAAAACUUCUCCUGUGUGCUUUAUAACAUCUUCCUCAUGAACUGCACUUGGCAGGCAGGAAGGGAUGCUCCAGCAGACACACAGUAUUUUCUCUACUGGCAGAAAUCAAGAGAGGACAAUCAGAUGGAAUGUGAGCUUUACAUUAAAGAUGAAAAUUACAGAAAUGUGGGAUGUAUCUUCCAAAACGUGAGCAUAGGGAUUGAAAAAGCUUACUUCCUGGUGAAUGGGUCUAGCAAAGACUCUCUGAUCCAGUUCUAUGAUGAGUACAUUGACCUGUAUGAAAUUGAAAUACUCACUGCUCCAUUAAAUGUCACUGCCCAUUGUACCAGAGAUCCAACAGGCUGCAUAAUUACAUGGCAUCCACCCCUUACAAGUCAUGUUGAAAAUACAAAGUGUUUUCAGUAUGAAAUUAGCAUACAAAAUAAGGAUGAGCCCAAAGAAGAGAAAAAGCUUCCUCGUGUAAGGAAUGACAGAUAUGAAUUCCAAAAUUACAAUGAGAAAAAAAGAUACACUCUGAAAAUCAGAGCACGUGGAAAAAACUGUCUUGUAAGCUCAAACUGGGGGGAAUGGAGUGAACCCAUUGAGUUUGGUCAAGGGAAAGAUUACUUUAUUUUUGUUAUUUUAUUUCUGAUUGCACUUGGAACAAUCUCAAUUACGCUUCUACUGUAUUGUCUUUUCAAAAGGUACUGCAGUUUCAAGAACCUAUUUCCUCCCAUACCACAGCCAAGAGACAAAUUCAAUGCAUUAACUGAUGAAGAUAUCCAGACAGAGUAUGUAAAUCUACCAACAAAAAGUCAUGCUGAGAAAAUAACUACAAUUGAAGAAUGAUCCAACAUUCCAAAAACACACCUGACUCCCCAACACGAAAAUUAUGGAUCUGCUGACAAGUACUUCAAACCAGCCUAUAAAAGGACACAAUCACCUACAGAACUGUUUGUCCCCAUAAAACCCACUUAAAUGGAGAUGAAAAAAAGGGAGAAAAAUCACUGAAAUUUGUUCUUUUCCCCUUGUUCAAACCCACAACGCCUGGCAAUUAAGCUUUUCUGCAAGUAUCUACUCUGAAGAAGUGCCUAAACCUUGCUGAGAGGUUCUUCACAACGUCAGACAAGCCCUCUUAACCAGAAUAAAACUGUUAUUUCCUGUCAUCAUUGCCAUGAAGCUUCUUCCAUUAUGAUUUCCUGUAGGCUGACAGCCUUGCUGCAUAAUGCCACAGCAAUUUUACUGUAAUUUUUAUAUGCCCAGUUAUUUUCUAAAGCACAAACCAGAUAUUUAGAAUGUGUUUAAAUUUGGUCUUUGAUCUUCCAACCAGUAUCACCAAGCUAUCCCAAUAUGUACAAUUAACUUUAUGCAAGACAAGAACAGAAAAUAUAAUUAUUAAUACUGGUCUCAGUCAGCCAUUUCAUGAGCUCAGUAUUGCAAUUGUAAAGAGACCUCUGCAACACGAUGAUCCUGUGCAGUUUUAGUAUGCGCUUAAGUAACACAAAUAGCAUUGAAAGCCUUCAAAAAAAUCCAAUAAUUGUGAGAAAUGAAAUAAAAUCUAGUAUUUAAUAGCUAGAUAUUAAAUGCAAAAAUUCCUCACAACUGUAUUUGUUUCUCCCUUCAAAGGGUGCAAAUGCUAUUUCCAAUGCUUUUAAAAAAUAAUAUAGGCUUUAGAUGCCAGUAUUUUCUUUUACAAAUGCUAGUUUCCUGUUCAUACUUCUCAAAAUGAAUGAAAUUCAGUGUUUCAAUAAGACAGAGAACAAAUGUUUUUUUUUAAAAGUCUCAUUUAUUGUUUGCCUCUUACAUCCCUAAACUGCAUCACACAUUGGAAAUUGCUGCUGCAUGACUAAGGGAAGCCAUAUAUUAAAAAAAAAACAAACCUGAACACCACAAAUUAGUUCAUAUUGAAUGUACAGCACAGGGAAAUUGCAGUUCGACUUAAACUCUUUGUCCUGGUUUAGGGUAAAUUUGGGAGGAUUUGCUUCUUUUCCUAUUUCUUUUGGUUAAACCUUGUUCUGAAGGGGAGAUUGGGUGUAAAAGCCCUGUCCCUGUCAGGGGCUGCUGAAGUAACAUUUGGUUUUUCCCACAAAGAUUAAGCUCUCUCACAGGGAGGUAUCCCACCAUUAUCUCUACCCUUGCAAGGCACUGAUACAGAAAGAAACCUGAUUAAUAUGUUUAUGUAGAAAGAAUGGCUUCCCCUGCUCCCCAGCACACUGACUGGCAGGGUUAACACCAAAUGACCUGCCUGCACGACAGGGAGCUGCUACUGCCGCACAGGAUGUAAGAACCACUUGCAGCAGGUACAUGAAGUUUGCCAGCAGCCUGUGUACAAAGUAGCUGUGUGAUGUCCUUACAUUCACAGAAAGAUGUUGAAAGCAGUGCUUGUGCAACAGUGAAAGGAAAAAGGUAAAGUACACUCAAGAGGAAGGUAAUAACCAGCCAAAGCCAAGCAGGUAAUUUAAAUACUUCAUCUGGAAUAGCAAUCUCAGAAGGCACACAGAAGAACUCAAGACAGCUCAGUCAGCCUUCAAUGAGUCAUACAAUGACAUAAUUUUCCUUUCUCAAGAUAUAGGGAGAGCUCUUAAAACAUGAAGAUUAACACCUUGUUUUCCUCUACUGGUCCCUCCAUGUCUUUGCAGGUUACAAAGUACAAAAGAUUAUAUACAUAUGAAGAACGGCACAUUAUCUCAAAUAUUAUUACAUUAUCUCAAAGAGCAGUUAUGAGAAAUGACUCAAUCUGGUCUUCUGACCAUC